UAACAUCAGGCAAUGCGUAUGGGACUCUCAGAAAGUGAUCAGACUAAGGAGCUAUGGCAGGGUGCUGCAAGGAAUACGCAGGUGGCUGGAAAUAUCCCACGUUUCUUCUCUGCCUCUAUGGACUUUGUGCUAAUUUGAGAGCUGUGGAACCAUUCAUUGCUGCAUAUCUUAUAGGACCGCACCACAAUCUAACAGCUGAACAGGUGACAACUUCUGUGUUUCCAGUAUGGACCUACAGCUACCUGGCAGCACUGAUUCCUGUGUUCCUGCUAACAGAUUACCUGCGUUACAAACCAGUCAUAAUCAUGCAAGGACUCGGAAUGAGCAUCUCAUUGCUUUUAUUACUGCUUACCCAUGGUGUUCCUGCUAUGCAAGUGAUGGAGUUUUUCUAUGCCAUAUUUACUGCCUGUGAUCCAGCUUACUAUGCCUACAUCUACAGUGUGGUUGACACAGCACAUUAUCAGAGGGUGACUGGUUACUGCCGGAGCAUAACACUGGUUGGUGUUACACUUGGUGCCAUAAUUGGACAAAUGCUAGUGUCCUUGGCUGGGGUGUCAUACGUCUAUCUCAACGUUAUUUCACUGACGUCAACCUCAGUGGCUUUUUUGUUCUCUUUGUUCCUUCCUAUGCCCAGUAGCAGUAUGUUUGUUCACAGGAAGAUGGCCGGAGACACUACAAAUAUAUUAUCCCAAGAGCUAGAAUCUCCCCAUUCAGAGCAAACACAAAGUGCCACUGGCACAGAAACUGAGAACAAGAGUACGGGCAGUAAUAAAUUCCUCCAGGUACUUUGGCGCCUGGGUAAAGAAAUGAAAGAGUGUUACUCCUCUAUGAAGAUCUUGUACUGGUCCUUGUGGUGGGCCUUUGCCACAGCCGGAUAUACCCAAGUAAUAAAUUAUGUGCAGAUUCUAUGGGAACACGUGGCACCUUCUGAGAAAUUUUCUAUAUACAAUGGGAGAGCUGCACAUGAAUUCCAGCACCUACACAGUGAAGCUUGGGCCUGUACUAGGUGUGAGGAGUUUGGGAUGUGUCUCAUACAUCAUACAAGUGUUCAGAAAGAAGGUGUCAUAGUGUUAGAAGUUUACAAUAAACUCAGACACCAGUUUUUCAUAUAGGACUGAUUUAUUGCCAAUAUUAACCAAAUACUUAAUAAAAACGUUACUGAGGGUUUUAUAUA